GCUCAAAUCACAACGAAGAAAGUAGCUUCAAUCUGCUACGACGAUCACCUUUCCAUGUCAAACUCAAUCAACACUCAAAACCAAACCCUAGACCCCCAACAAAUGCCCGAACAGAACCCUAACCAGCACGACCAAGCAGCUCGACAAUGGGAGACGAUGGUUCGCGGUUGGAUCUCUAUGUUGCCCGAGGGCAAGACCGUGACCUCGAGUGAGGUCGAGGCUUGGAUCAACUCCAACCUCUCUUUUUUACCCGACGAAUUCAAGUCAAUGCCUAGGCCAGAGCUCUAUGAGUGGUUCAAUUCUAUCGCGAAUAGCAUGAGAGUGUCCAAUGAGGAUAAAGAUUCUAUUCGGCUUGAUCCUAAUCAUGCUCGAUUUCAACGCACUGACCAAUGGAUGCCAGUUUAUUCCUGGUUAGAGACAUUAGAUACAGAUGAGCUGAUAAAGUCAGAUGACAUUAUAGAUUGGCUGGCGGCAAACCCAGAGGUCAAAGAGCAGCUUUACUCCAGGCAUUCCCGUUACCAUUUGAUGCACUACAUCAAGAAAUGCCAUAUUAAAAUACUGAAGAGAAAAGAGAAGAAGAAGGGGUUGCAGCCUACAAUCAAAUCAAAUUUUAUGAAGGCUCGCAAAACUGGGGCUUCAAAACUAUCAGUACCUCUUCCAUGCACUACUAUAAACAAUCUGCCUAAAGACAGUGAGUUAUAUGCAGCAAAACGCAAUGAAGCUUUUCGCAAAUACGAGCUUUUGCUAGAGUUGGAGAAGCAGCUUUCCACCAUCGUCCCAAACCGCGAAAACGUUUAAGGAGUCCUGAUACUUUCUUUGUGGAUGUAAAGCCCCUGAUUUUGAAGAAUCCAUUGUCAGAUGUUUCUCAUUAAUGAGAUUUGUAAAUGACGGGCAUUUAAAUAUUUAUGUUUUCCUCAAAAAAAAAAAAAUUGUAUGUGAAUCCCAAGGACAUCUAUUUUGGUGCAAGCCAAGUACAAAUUAGCUGAUACUCCUCUACUACCAUUAUGUAAAGAAGGCAUAAAGUUGAAUGUAAAUGUUUUGGAGGAGACUCUAGUUGAUGUA